GCUUUUGAAACUUGUUUAUGGCAGGAAUAGUGGCAAUGGAAUAGGCCGGCGCCAAUUUCAAUCUCAUAUAUAUGAACUCUCUCAGCCAGCCAAGGGGAUAAGAUUAGCAGAGCAGCCACGAAUCACUCACUCAUUUUGCCUUGCUCUCUCCUUCCGCUGGCUGCUUUGCCUUUCUGCUCACUCCAUCUUCUCCUCCCUUCAGCUCAGCCAGCCGGAAGGAAGCUCCGGAGAACAACCAAAGGAACCCUAAUCACCGAAAAUGGCCAUUGCCCUCCAAGCUUCUCUUCUCUGCAGACCUUCCUUCUCCCUCAAACACCCUUUUCAUCAUUCCCCACCUCGCCAUUCUCCAUCUACUUCUGCUUCUGGCCCCAAUUUCCCCACUUUCCUUAUCCCUUCUCGAUUCCCCGUUCGCACUUACCGCACUUCCUGCACAUUGAAUCCCGAUAACCCAAAUUUCUUCUCCUUCUUCUUCUUUCCCUUCUUUCCCUCCUCCUUCGGAUUCGGUCUUGGACCCGGCUUCGUCCGCUUCCGGGUUAUCCAGGCCCGACGACGGGAUUCACCUCGACCCGUCCACUCUCCAAUUGGCCUCCGACCCGCAGAGCGCCGGCGACGCGGAGUUCAAGGCCGAGAAUUUAUCCUCUGGCGAUGACGAGGCGGCGGCGGCGGCGGAGGAUGGGGAAGGAGAGAAGGUGAAGGGCGGGAAAAGCAAGUUGCCCCUGGUGGUUUUCCUGAUGGGUAUAUGGGCUGCUUUCCGGAGACGGGUCGAUUACCUCUUGGCUUCUGAUUGGCUUAGCUGGUUCCCGUUUUGGCGGCAGGAGAAGCGGCUGGAGCGUCUCAUUGACGAAGCGGAUGCUAGUCCCCAAGACCCUGUCAAGCAAACUGCGCUCUUGGUCGAGCUCAACAAGCACAGUCCUGAGUCUGUGAUCAAGAGGUUUGAACAAAGAGAACAUGCUGUGGACAGUAGGGGAGUGGCAGAGUAUCUCAGGGCACUUGUGGUUACUAAUGCUAUUGCUGAUUUCCUUCCUGAUGAGCAGUCAGGGAAGCCUUCUAGUCUUCCUGCAUUGCUUCAAGAACUAAAGCAGCGGGUGGCUGGGAAUACCGAUGAGCCUUUUGUUAACCCUGGCUUGUCUGAGAAGCAGCCAUUGCAUGUGGUGAUGGUUGAUCGCAAAGUGUCUCAAAAGUCGCGGUUUGCCCAAGAGCUUAUCUCCACUAUUUUGUUCACUGUGGCGGUUGGACUCAUCUGGUUAAUGGGUGCAGCAGCUCUCCAGAAAUAUAUAGGGAGCCUGGGAGGAAUAGGGGCUUCAGGAGUUGGCUCAAGUUCCUCGUAUUCUCCAAAGGACCAUAACAAAGAAGUUAUGCCUGAGAAAAAUGUUAAAACAUUCAAGGAUGUUAAAGGCUGCGAUGAUGCCAAACAAGAGCUUGAGGAAGUGGUUGAAUACCUCAAGAACCCUUCCAAGUUUACUCGGCUGGGUGGAAAGUUGCCAAAGGGAAUUCUUUUGACUGGAGCACCAGGCACUGGAAAAACUUUGCUUGCAAAGGCUAUUGCUGGAGAAGCUGGAGUACCUUUCUUUUAUAGAGCAGGAUCAGAGUUUGAGGAAAUGUUUGUUGGUGUUGGUGCCAGGCGUGUGAGAUCCCUGUUCCAAGCAGCUAAGAAGAAGGCUCCUUGUAUCAUCUUUAUUGAUGAAAUUGAUGCUGUUGGUUCAACAAGAAAACAAUGGGAAGGCCAUACAAAGAAGACUUUACAUCAGUUACUUGUUGAAAUGGAUGGUUUUGAACAAAAUGAGGGAAUAAUAUUAAUGGCUGCAACAAACUUGCCUGAUAUUCUUGAUCCAGCUUUGACCAGACCUGGUAGAUUUGAUAGACAUAUUGUGGUUCCCAAUCCAGAUGUACGAGGACGUCAAGAGAUAUUGGAGCUGUAUCUGAAAGACAAACCUAUUUCUGAUGAUGUGGAUGUUAAAGCGAUUGCUCGGGGGACACCUGGUUUCAAUGGAGCUGAUCUGGCGAACUUGGUGAAUAUUGCUGCCAUUAAAGCAGCAGUGGAAGGGGCAGAGAAAUUGAAUGGUGUACAGCUGGAGUUUGCUAAAGACAGGAUCAUCAUGGGAACCGAGCGCAAGACGAUGUUCGUAUCAGAAGACUCGAAGAAGUUGCUCUUACAGAUGGAUUUUUCACAACAUUCCUUUUUUUUUCAGUUGACUGCAUAUCACGAGAGUGGACAUGCCAUCGUAGCUUUCAACACCGAAGGUGCACAUCCGAUUCACAAGGCGACCAUAAUGCCACGUGGCUCUGCUCUAGGAAUGGUCACCCAACUUCCUUCAAACGAUGAGACUUCAAUAAGCAAGAAGCAGUUACUAGCUAGGUUAGAUGUUUGCAUGGGAGGAAGAGUCGCCGAAGAGCUUAUCUUCGGACAGGAUCAUGUCACAACAGGAGCAAGUAGUGAUCUGAGCACAGCUACAGAGCUCGCACAGUAUAUGGUAUCAAGCUGUGGAAUGAGUGACGUAAUUGGACCAGUCCAUCUCAAGGAACGACCCAGUUCAGAAAUGCAAUCAAGGAUUGAUGCUGAAGUUGUGAAACUUCUGAGAGAAGCAUACGAUCGUGUGAAGGCCCUGCUGAAGAAGCAUGAGAAGGCGUUGCAUGCACUGGCAAAUGCUCUUCUAGAGUACGAGACGCUGACAUCGGAGGAAAUAAAGAGGAUCCUGAUGCCAUACAGGGAAGGGAAGCUGCCGGAGACGCGAGAGGUAGAACAACAAGAACAAGGUGAUCUUGUGCUGGCUUGACCAUUUGUCUAGAAGGAAGAUGAUCCCGGGUAUUAUUCAGUGGAUGACCAGUAAUGGAAAAAGGGGAGGAGCUCUGUGUACAGAAUACAGGCGCUUAUUUGUAUACUUCGAUUUUUUUCGAGCCUUAGAUGUUCCUCCCCAUGAUGCUCUUCCGGAGACGCUUAACGGGAAGCUUCUUCAUACGCAGGCAGGCAGGCAGCCUUAGCCACCCUGCCGCCGGUGGCCCGGGAAGCAUGUAGCAUUAGUGUGUCAGAAAUGUUGUAAAUUCAACAAAGGAGUCUCGACUCAGCUUCUCCUCUUUCCUCCUUCAGGGCCAAAUUUUGAGCAACAUUUUAUUUCGACAGCUAUAGCUGUUGUUUCGUGUUACAACAUUCGACUUUCUAUAGCUGAAAUCGCUUUAGUCCCUGUCCUUUUGAUCGAUUCGAUUGAUCUCUAUCACAACUUCAGAAACAUUAGCAUUCAUAACUAGUCAUA